CUGGAAAGGAAGUUGGACCAAGUGAGGAACGAACAGACGGAGGGAAGGAGGGAGACAAGGAGGGAGGUCGAGCAUUGGAAGCAAUAUGCGCUUAUCCAGGCUACAUGCACAAAGACAUCAUUUCCUUGAAAUAUGUCAUUGACGAAGAAGUCGAUCCCAACUGCAGAGACAGCUUCGGUAGCACGCCCCUCCACAUCGCGGCAUCUCAUAGCGACCUCGAGAUGAUGUCAGCACUGCUGGAGGCCGGAGCCAGCACAGAGGUGAAGGACCAGUUCGGAGACAGGCCCCUACACACAGCCACGCGGGCGGGGUCUGUGGGCGUGGUGAAAGCGCUCCUGGACGCGGGGGCGGAUAGGAACGCCAGAGAUUAUGAAGAUAAAACAGCAGCAGAGUUAGCAGCAGCCCUUGGGAAAGAAGAACUGCUUGGACUUCUGAACGACCAAUCCUUGCCUCUCCUCCACAUAGCGGCUGCCAACGAUCACGAAUCAGCGUACUGGACCCUCCUGGAUGCCGGCUUUCCCCCAUGGGCAGAGUGGGAGGGCUGCCCUGCUUAUGCAUACGCUGAAGCAGCAGGCCACUACAGUCUUGCCUCUCGCCUGGCGCUCGUAAGAAGCGGCUGUAUGGGCAGACUGCCCUACUACCUCUUCGGCUGGCUCCCUCUUGCUUGGCCCUUUUGGGCUUGGCUCAUCUUCUUCCUCUUCUUCUCUAAUAAGAAGAAGCCCUCGAUGAGCACAGUGGAGAAAAUGAUCAUGAAGGUGAGGUUUGGUCUUAACAAGAUAUUGCUGCUGAAGAUGAGAAAAUGAAAUGAAAAUUGAGAAAAGAAAAUAAUGAAAUGGGGAUAGAAGGAAAAUAUUCUAGAUAGUUUUUAUUUGAUUAUAUUACAUUGAUGCGGGGUGUGCUAUGGGAGAUAAUUGG